AACAAUCUGCUAAAGUUCUAUUUUUGUAUGAGAGAGAUUUGCUUCUUUUUAAAACUGAUAAUAAAGAUAAAUUCAAAAAAAUAUUUGAUAAAUUUGAAUAUAAAAUUGAGAAGUUAGAAGAAGCUAUAACUAAUAUUGAAGAACUACUAAUUGCUAAAAAGAAUUUUGAAGAAGAAACCUUAGAAGAAAAAAUAGAAAGAAAUAUUAAUACUAAAAAUCUGAUUCCUAAACAACAAGAAGAAGCUUAUAUUUAA